ACACACACCACCAAGGGCACCAGAGCAAUAGAGGAAGCCAAAAUGAGCCGGAAAAGCAAAAGCAGUUUAAAGGAGAAAUUUUCCUUGAAGAACAGCCUGGCUAAAGAAGCUCUCUCAGAGUUCCUGGGAACUUUUAUACUGAUAGCUCUUGGCUGUGGCUGUGUGGGACAGGCUGUGCUCAGCAGGGGAGCACAUGGAGGGCCCAUGACGGUGUCAGUGGGAUUUGCCAUGGCAGUCACCAUAGCAGUGUACGUGUCUGGGGGCGUUUCUGGUGGUCACAUAAACCCAGCUGUUUCAUUAGCCAUGUGCGUGACUGGAAGAUUAAAAUGGACCAAAUUACCAAUUUACAUAUUAGCACAACUCCUGGGAGCAUUCGUUGGAGCAGCGGCUGUCUUUGGGAUUUAUUACAAUGCCUUUAUGGAGUAUAGUGAUGGAAAACUUGAAGUCACAGGACCUAAUGCAACAGCCCAAAUCUUUGCAACAUAUCCAGCUCCUUAUCUGUCCCUCGUAAAUGGAUUUGCAGAUCAGGUGAUGUCAACAGCUGUUCUUCUUCUGGCUAUAUUUGCUAUUUUUGACACCAAAAAUAACAGCGUACCCAAGGGCCUGGAGCCAAUUGCAGUAGGACUUCUUAUAAUUGUUCUUACUUGCUCCUUGGGAAUGAACAGUGGCUGUGCCAUGAACCCAGCCAGGGAUCUUGGCCCAAGGCUCUUCACAGCCAUUGCAGGAUGGGGGAUGGAAGUAUUCACGGCUGGUAAUAAUUGGUGGUGGGUUCCUAUAGUUGCACCUCUGCUGGGAGGUGUACUUGGAGCAAUGAUCUAUAUCAUUUUUAUUGAAAUUCAUCACUCAGAUCCUCAGCCAGGAGAAGAAAAUGAGGUGCAUACUAAAUAUGAAUUGACCAAUAUGGCAUAA